GGGAGGUCUGCGGCCCUGCAGGCUCCGCCUCUCUGCAUAAUGUGCCGGGUUCAUUGAAACGACCGGACAGCAGAAACACAGCACAGGACCACAGAGGCUUCACGGGACACUGAACAAACGGUGAAGAAAACAAACAACUCUCGGAUGGAAAGCGUUUGGACACACAGCUUCCUCUCCUCCGCAACUGUGGUACCCUGAACUCAGACUACAAAGGGACGUGAGGUCGGGCACUGGUUAAAAUGGAUACAUUCUUUUUAGAGGGGGCCCGUGUCUGGCUGAGACACAAAGAACAGCUCCUCCCCUCCACCGUCAGCUCCUGUGAUGAUACAUCCCUGGUGCUCACCACCGACUAUGGAAAGGUGAUCUACCUACAGAAGGCAGAGCUGAGCAGGGAGACGGUGUACCCAAUGCACCCCAGCAGCAUCCCCGGAGUAGAGGACAUGUCCACACUGGCAGAACUGCAUGAAGCCGCCAUCAUGCACAACCUCUUUCUGCGCUACCAGAAAGACAACAUCUAUACCAACAUUGGUUCGAUCCUGGCAGCAGUAAAUCCCUAUAAGCAGAUAUCGGGCCUGUAUGACGGCACCGCAGUCGACCUGUACAGCAAACACCAGAUGGGGGAGCUGCCUCCUCAUAUCUUUGCCGUGGCCAACGAGUGUUACCGCUGCCUGUGGAAGAGACACGACAGCCAGUGUGUUCUCAUCAGUGGGGAGAGUGGUGCUGGGAAGACAGAGAGCACCAAGCUGCUGCUGAAGUUUCUCUCAGUGAUGAGUCAGAACUCAGCAGGUACUCCUCUGUCAGAGAGGACCACCAGGGUGGAGCAGGCUCUCGUCCAGAGCAGUCCCAUCAUGGAAGCCUUUGGGAAUGCUAAGACCGUGUACAACAACAACUCCAGUCGCUUUGGGAAGUUUAUACAGCUCCACUUUUCCCAGAACGGAAACAUUCAGGGAGGCUGCAUCAUUGACUAUUUGCUAGAAAAGAACCGUGUGGUUCGACAGAAUCCUGGAGAAAGAAACUACCACAUCUUCUACGCUCUGCUGGCAGGGGCAGACAAAGACCACAGAGACAUGUACCUCUUGGCAGAGGGUCCUGAGUUGUAUCACUACCUGAGCCAGUCAGGCUGUGUGCAGGACAGCAGUCUGGAUGACAAGCUGCUCUUUGAAAGUGUGAUGGAGGCCCUGAAAGUGAUGGAAUUCACUGAGGAGGAGAUCAGAGACGUGUUCAAGUUGCUGUCUGCUGUCCUCCAGAUGGGCAACAUUGAGUUCAUGACUGCUGGCGGAGCUCAGAUCACUUCCAAAGGGGUGGUCAGUAAUGUCAGCGAGUUGCUCGGCCUGGACUCCUUCCAGCUGUCAGAGGUGUUGACCCAACGCUCCAUGAUCCUAAGAGGAGAGGAGAUUUGCUCUCCACUCACUGUGGAGCAGGCUGUGGACUCGCGAGACUCAGUUGCCAUGGCACUCUAUUCUCAGUGCUUCUCCUGGAUCAUAAUGAGGAUAAACCAGAAAAUUAAAGGCAAAGACAACUUCAAGUCCAUCGGAAUCCUGGACAUCUUCGGCUUCGAGAACUUUGAGGUGAACCGGUUUGAACAGUUUAACAUCAACUAUGCCAACGAGAAACUCCAGGAGUACUUCAACAAGCACAUCUUCUCGCUGGAACAGCUGGAGUACAACAGGGAGGGCAUCCAGUGGGAGGCCAUAGACUGGAUGGAUAACGCAGAGUGUCUGGAUCUCAUAGAAAAGAAACUGGGCAUGUUGGCUCUUAUCAAUGAGGAGAGCCGCUUCCCCAAAGGCACGGACUACACCCUUCUGGAGAAACUGCACAGCCGACACGCAACAAACCCGUACUACGUGAAGCCCAGAGUGAACGACCACCAGUUUGGCAUCAAGCACUAUGCUGGAGAGGUGCUUUAUGAUGUGCGUGGGAUCCUGGAGAAGAACAGAGACACCUUCAGAGAUGACAUUUUGUUUAUUCUGAAAGACAGCAGGCUUGACUUCAUCUACGACCUCUUUGAGCGCGUCGGUAGCAGAAGUGGAGACGAGACCCUAAAGAUGGGCACGGCCCGACGCAAGCCCACAGUCAGCUCUCAGUUCAGGGAUUCUCUCCAUUCCCUGAUGGCUACUCUAAGUGCCUCCAACCCCUUUUUUGUACGCUGCAUCAAACCAAACAUGGACAAGAAAGCCAACCAGUUUGAUCCUGAUGUGGUCCUGAACCAGUUGAGAUACUCUGGGAUGCUGGAAACUGUGAAGAUCCGCAGAGCUGGAUUCCCUGUCCGUAGAACCUUUAAGGACUUCUACAGCAGGUACAAAAUGAUCCUGAUGAACAAAAUUCACUCAGAAGAUGAGAAGCAGAGCUGUUCUGAGCUUCUCACACUUCAUGACAAAGCCAUGAAAGAGUGGCAACUGGGGAAGACAAAGGUGUUUCUGAAGGAGGCCCUGGAGCAAAGGCUGGAGAAGGAGAGGGAGGAGGUGCGGCGCAGGGCUGGCAUGGUGAUCCGCGCCCACAUCCUCAGCUAUGUGGCAAGGAAACAAUAUAAGAGGGUUCUGUCCAGCGUUGUCACCAUCCAGAAGAACUACCGCGCUCACUUUUGGAGACGCGUCUUUCUGCGCCUGCGUUUGGCCACCAUCAUCCUGCAGAAACAUCACAGAGGACAGCUGGCCCGAUCCCUCCAUCGCCAGCUCAAGGAGGAGAAACAGAAGCGAGAAGAGGAGGAGAGGAGGAGGAGGAGAGAAGAGGAAGAGCAGAGAAGGCGAGUAGAGGAGGAGAGGAGGAGAAUGGAGGAAGAGAGGAGACAGCAGGAGGAGGUGGAGAAGAGAAAGAGGGAGGAGGAGGAGAGACAAAGGCUGAUGGACGAGGAGAAGAAGAAGAGGCAGGAAGAGGAGGAGUCGAUGAGGGAGGAGCAGCUGAAACUGAUAAAUGAGGAAGAGGAUAUGGCAGCUAAAGCAGACGAGAAAAGGAACUCUCUGGUAAAUGGUGUUUGUCAGAAGAAGGAGCUUGCUCAAACUCUGUCCUAUAGUCACACCUCUGAGGAGGAGAGCCGUCAGAUGGAGGAGAUCCUGCGGCUGGAGAGGGAGAUCGAGCGCCUGCAGAAGCAGCAGGAAGACGGCGUGUCCCUUCUCGGAGAUGUCUCCCAUGAGGAGCUGCGGCAGAUGAGGGACGCUGAGAUCUAUAGACUGGAGAAGGAAGCCUCCCGUGUGGCUACUGAGUUUCUAGAGCUCUUGGACUUUGGUGGUUUAGAGCCUUCCCUUUCAAGUGAGGAGAACCUCCACGACCCGACUGAAUCUACUGCCCCUCUGGCCGAGGAGGAGGUUGAUGAGGGUUUCCACGCUGAGGACGAGUGCGUUCCUUUGCCUGACUUCCCUCCUCCUGCUGUGGUUCCUCUGGACAAGGAAGUAUUCCAAAGUAUUCCCCCUCCUCCGCCUGCCUUUGCAGAAGGACUAGUGGUCACCCCCUCCUCUGCCUCCUCUCCUGCACCAGCAAAGCUCUCCCCACUUACCCCCAACGGACUGAGUCAUGCCCCUAAUCUCACAGACUCCCACAGCUCCACACCUCCUCCGCCAACGGUCACCACCAACGGAGAGAGGCUGCUGUGUCAGAGGGCCAGCAGGGGGUCAGACUUUGAGCAUGUGAGCGUGGAGACGGCACCCUCAAACCUGCCAGACACCGAGUCUGACUACGACCAGGAGGAGUUUGAAGAGGCUCAUGGGAGCUCAGGUGCUAGCACCAAUGAUGGUCAUAUCACAGACGAGGAGGUGUUGCGAAAAUCCUCCUGCACCCAAAACAGCCUGGACUCCUUCAGAGGCAGCUCGGACUCGUUCAUUGACAGUGACGAGGACAAUGAUGGCUACGUGGACACAGAUGAGGAAGUUUCCAACGGGAGAGUGAAUCUGCUGAAUGGCGGCGGGCCUCCAUACUUCCACGGCUACCUCUACAUGAAGAGCGGUCUGAUGAUCCCCUGGCGUCGUCGGUGGUGUGUCCUGAAGGACGAGACCUUCAUGUGGUUUCGAGCCAAGCAGGACUCAGUCAAAUCCGGUUGGCUUUACAAGAAAGGAGGCGGCAUGUCCACCUUGUCUCGGCGCAACUGGAAGAUGCGCUGGUUUGUUCUGCGGGAGUCGAAGCUCAUGUACUUUGAAAAUGACAGUGAAGAGAAACUGAAAGGAACCAUCGAUAUCCGCACAGCCAAGGAUAUAGUGGACAAUCAUGAGAAGGAAAAUGCUCUAAAUAUUGUGACAGAGGAGAGGACCUACCACAUCUAUGCAGAGUCCCCAGAAGAUGCCAGUGGUUGGUUCAGCGUGCUGAGUCGGGUCCACAGCGCCAGCCCGGAGCAGCUCAUGGAGAUGCACCAUGAACAGGCCAACCCAAAGAAUGCAGUGGGCACACUAGAUGUGGGCUUGAUUGAUUCUGUUUGUGCAUCAGACAACCCCGACAGACCAAACUCGUUUGUGAUCAUCACGGCUAACCGGGUGAUCCACUGCAACACAGACACACCAGAGGAGAUGCACCACUGGAUCGGCCUUCUGCAGAAAUCCAAGGGAGACUCCAGAGUUGAUGGACAGGAGUUCUUAGUCAGAGGCUGGCUACAUAAAGAAAUGAAGUCUGGAGCCAAAAGCACUUCUCUGAAGCUGAAGAAGCGCUGGUUCGUUCUCACCACUAAUUCUCUGGACUAUUACAAGUCGUCGGAGCGCAGCACCUCUAAACUGGGAACUCUGGUCCUCAACAGUCUCUGCUCUGUGGUGCAGCCAGAUGAGAAGGUCUUCAAAGACACUGGUUACUGGAAUAUAAUCAUCCAUGGACGUAAACACUCGUACCGUCUUUACACCAAAAUGCUGAAUGAAGCCAUGCGGUGGGCCAAUGCCAUACAGGGAGCAAUAGACAGCAAAGUUCCCAUUGAAACGCCAACACAACAACUCAUCAGGGACAUCAAGGAGAGCAGUUUGAAUGUGGAGGCUGUGGAGCAGACAUACUGGAGGAACCCCAUCCUGAGAUAUACCCAGCAUCCUUUGCACUCCCCUCUUUUACCUCUGCCCUACGGAGAUGUUAGCAUCCACUUGCAAAAGGAAAAGGGUUAUACGAGCCUGCAGGACGAGGCCGUGAAGAUUUUCAACUCGCUGCAGGAGAUGGAGGCAGUGUCGGACCCCGUUCCAAUCAUCCAGGGAAUCCUACAGACCUGUCAAGACUUGAGGCCAUUGAGAGAUGAGGUCUACUGUCAGCUGAUCAAACAAACCAAUCACGUCCCGCACCCCAACAGUCCUGCCAAUCGCGCCCACUGGCAUCUCCUGUCCUGCAUGAGCUGCACAUUCCUUCCCAGUCGAGGCAUCCUGCGCUACCUCAAGUUUCACCUCAAAAGGAUUAAGGAGCUGUUCCCCGGCACUGAGAUUGAAAUGUUCGCCCAUUUCAUCGGCGAGUCCCUGAAGAAAACCAAGGCCAGAGAGUUUGUUCCCUCUCAGGAGGAAAUCAUGGCGCUGCUUACCAGACAGGAAAUGACCACCACGGUCUACUGCCAUGGAGGGGGCUCUUGCAAGAUCUCCAUCAACUCACACACCACCGCUGGAGAGGUGGUGGAAAAGCUUAUCAGAGGUCUGGCAAUGGAGGACAGCAGAAACAUGUUUGCACUCUUUGAACACAAUAACACUAUUGACCGGGCUGUGGAAAGCAGGGUUCUUGUGGCUGAUGUUUUGGCCAAAUUUGAAAGACUGGCUGGCAGUGAGGAAGGUGAAGAUGACGGCCAAUGGAAACUCUAUUUUAAACUCUACUGCUUCCUGGAUGUGGAGAGCAUGCCUAAAGAAGGAGUGGAGUUUGCAUUCAUGUUUGAGCAGGCCCAUGAGAGUUUGACCCGGGGCCACUUCCCUUCCCGAGAAGAGACCCUGCAGCACCUGGCCGCUCUACGCCUGCAGUUUCUGUACGGAGACAAAGCACGGGUCACCUGGAGCCUGGAAAACGUCUACCCCGUGGGCCGCCUGCGCAGUCGCAUCCUCCAGUUUACCAAGGUGGGUGGAGCCUCGGGGUCGGGACAAACUCUGGAGCGUCGGAGAACAAGCUUCCUGGACGGGACCCUACGGCGGGGGUUAAAGACCGGCUCGAUGAAGAAGCAGCGCAUGGAGGAGGAGCAGAUGUUGGAGAUGUGGAUAAAGGAGGAGAUGUCUGCCACCAGGGCGAGCAUCGUGGAGAAGUGGUCCCGCCUCACUGGUCUGGACCAGCAUCAAGCCAUGCUCAAAUACAUGACCAUCAUCAAGGAGUGGCCUGGAUAUGGAUCCACACUGUUUGAUGUCGAGUGCAAAGAAGGAGGCUUCCCUCAUGAUCUCUGGUUGAGCGUGAGUGCUGAAAAUGUGUCCGUCUACAAGAGAGGAGAGCCCAAGCCUCUGGAGACCUUCCCAUAUGAGCACAUCAUUUUCUUCGGCGCUCCGCAGCCCUGCACCUACAAGAUCACCGUGGAUGAGAGAGAAAUGUUCUUUGAAACACCACAGGUUGGAGAGAUCACAAAGAUCAUGAAGGCCUACAUAAACAUGAUCGUGAAGAAGCGCUGCAGUGUGAAGUCUGCAUCCAGUUAUGGCACCAGCUGGAUCAGGUGAUUGACUUGACAGGAGACCAAAUGUACUCAGCUACUGUACACCUGACAGACAACAAAAAAACAUAGACAGAUGAUGCAGAGAUGGUGUUUCAGAGCUUUUGCCUGUCCAGAAAGAGUCCUGUCUUUAGAGACGCAAAAACGUUUUGUGUUUUUACCGCUUAUGGCAAAAGUUGGAACAUUCAAUCAUCUGCAUCCCUUUUAAGCUUUACAGUCCUCCCGAGUGUUGCUUCCCUCCAUACAGUCUCCAAACAUGUUAUUCUCAUUAGUUACACUGGUCAUUUCUCACUUCCUAAUUGAAAUGUACUUCAGGUAUCUGUGAAUUGUUUUUUAAUAUCCAGGAAAACCGGACUUUUUCCACCAAACCCUGUCUUUCACAAUUCAUAGCAGACAUUCGAAUCUAAAUCUGGACUUUUUCAAUUCCAACAGUGUACAUUUUCUUUAAGCAUACAUCCAAAUUAGGUAAAAGAAUGUUGCAGUGGCAAACAUACCUUUAUUCAAGUGUUUUUUCAACAGAUAUUGCGCCCCAUUGCAAAGAAUGUUCUCCUGAAUGGAGAUUCCCUCAGGUUAAUGUGUAAUACAACUGUCCAAGGGAGAUUAUCUCCCUCAUCUUGCCUUAUUUAGGUUUUUAGUUUAAAUAUUCUGGAUUUAUAGAUUGAGUGCAGAUGUGGCCUUUCAGGAAUGGAGAAUAAACUUUGGGUUGUUUAGUAUCUGUGUGUGGUAGUUAAGGCUUCCAAUGGUGCAUGUGCCACAAAAGCCUGUCCCUAUCUUAAAGGAAAAAAAUGAUAAGUAAUAAUAAUGAGAAAUAAUUGCAGCAAACAAAGGAAUCCAACAUGAAUAACCACUGCAUCAGUGGAGAUGCAAUGUUUAUAACCACUGCAGUCGAGUAUUUUCUCAUAAGGCACCGGUUACUAAAAUCAUUUGAACAAUUUGCGGUUCUGUCAUAGAACAAGUACAGUACUUUGUGUUGAGCUGUUUUAUUGUGUAUUGACUUGAGGGUGUGUCUAACUUUUUGAAGCUGUAAAUGAUGCUCAAGGAUGUGUUUUUAGAAAUAAGCAGGAUGUAGCUUGUUCAGUACGUCUGUGUCUGAAGAUUGUUUUACUGUGUUUUUUCAGUGAUGUUGAAGGCCUUGUGAGAGUGAGCUAUUUAUUUAUUGAAGUAUCAGUGGAUUGAGAAAAUAAGCUGACUGAGCGAGGUGAACAGUGUGCUGGAAAUGCAUUGAUGCAGUUUGGCUAGUACUUUUGUUUCACUAUUAUUUGUGCAUUUCUCCAUUUUGUGCCCUGAGCUUUUGUCGACAUAAAAUACCCUAAGUGUGGUGCCCUAAACACCCACGCUCAAUUCCUUCUAUUACCUUACUAACCUGAGGAUAAGUUCCCCCCGCCACUUGAGAGGAUUGAAGCCUAUGCCAGUCGACGUACAGCAUAGUUCAUCAUAAGAGUCGAUCCAAACAUAAUGAGCUUAGUAUUUACCUCACAUUGCAUCACUGUCUUCCAUUGCUCUCCAAUCGUACUCACUUAGGCGAUCUGGUCAGCUGCCGGCGGCCACACCAGAGACUGAUCUUGCCACUGACGAUGACUGUAUUUCUGAGAUUUCUGAUUGUUUUGAAGAAGAAAAAUCAGAAAAUGUUUUAUAAGAAUUUAAAGAUGCUUUAAUAAAUUAUUGUAUUUCAAAA